AUGGAAGAUGCAUGUUUUAGACGCUUGAAGAUGGGAAAUAGAAACUGUAUGGAAAGAGAAAAACAACGUUCAAACAUUGAAGUGACUGCGACAUUGUUUCCGUGUCCAUUUUGUAAACGGGGAAGGUCAUGCUAUAUUAAAAUCGAUCGUGAAAAGAACAUCGGGAAAAUUAAGUGCAACAAGUGUAAACAUCACACUUAUACCAGCAUGACUCAUUUGAAGACACCGGUACAAGUUUUUAUGAGAUGCGAAGAAAAAGUACAAGUUACUGCUAACUAGUAGAGAGAAAGGAAGAAUGAAAAAGGA